UCAUUCUCCAUCCCCAAGGUAAGACCAAGUUUUCACUUUCAAGAUCCUUCUCGUUUUUUUUGCUUUCCAUGCACAACAAGAUUAUGAGAUAAUGAGUUUCAAUGCUCUUCUGGAUUCACCAUCAAUCACCACCACUCUGAAAGAUGGAUUCAAAUGUCAUAUAUGAUCACCAAAACGUCAUACUAGGCCUAGCUCCUGUGCUAACAUACGCAGCCUGCGAAUGGUUCCUCAUAUUCCUCAUGCUCCUCGAGGCUCUUCUCUCCUACCUCCUCGUCUGGUUCGCACGCUACUGCAGACUCCCUCUGCCGUGUUUCCUCUGCUCCAAGCUCCUUCACCCUCUCCACUGGAGACUCCUCCUCUGCAGAAGCCACAGAUCAGAGGUUUCAUCUUACAUAUCAUGUCUCAACCACGACAACAACCUCGCGGACUGUCGAGGAAUGUGCGACGAUUGUCUCUUGUCAUUCACCAAAACGACCGGUCCCAAUCCGGACAUGAACAGGUUGCUCCUAGGGAAGCUAGGGUAUGAUCUUCUCUCCACAAGCCAUUUCGCUCAUCCUCCUAGAUCGUGUUCUUGUUGCGAUAAACCGUGGAGGACAAGGCACCAUACACAGAGACUGAUUAGGUUAGGCUCUAGGGGUGCUGCUAAACCUAACAUUCCUGCUGCUCCAAGGCAUCAUCAUCUUACUCGAAGAGGAAGCGGUGGGAGUUUGAAGAAGAUGAGGAACAACCUUAAGGCUGUAGACGCUGGAAGCCGCAGCGAUGGGAUGGCUCACGUGGGGUAUGCAGAGCUGAAGAUUCACUCGGAGUCUGAAUCAGAGUUCUUGUUCACAGAUGAUGAUGCGUUCUUCCAGACGAUAGACUUCAGUGGUGAGACGUCUGAGAGACGUGUUGUUCACAAGUCUCGGUCUCGGGAAUCUUUGAAAGACAAGAAGGUGUUGAAGCGUAAACAGCCUUAUUUGAAAGAUAAUAAGAUUCAUGUUAAAGAUCAUAAACCGCGUGAGCGUAAGCUUGUAGAUAAGACUCAGAAGCAAGAACAAGCUAUUGAAGCAGGGGAGGAUGAAGGUGUACUCUCUGAGCUUAUAACUAUGAGUGAAGCUCGUCCGUUCUCAUUGGACUUACCUAAAGAGGAAAAUGCAGGAGGAGCAGUAGCACAAAGUGAGAAUGAAGCUGAGGUAAGUGGCAGCUCAUCUCCUUCUGGUGGGGAAUUCUUGAGCCCUUCUGGAGACAAUAGUACCUCUCAUGAAGUCCAGAUUCAAGCAGACUUUGAUCAAAACAUAUCCCAUUCAGCUGUAGAGACAGAAGCAUCUGUGGAUCAAAAAGUGUGUGAUCACAUAGACGUGCCUGGUUCUGUUGCAGAUGAACCUUCUAGUGAUGAGGAGAAUGGUGUUGAAAGAGAUCUCAAGCCUUUGACUACCAAUGAUGAAGAGUUAAAUGAGGUUAGUGAAAACAAUGCUGCAGAAGAGUAUUUCAGUAAUGAAGAAGAAGAAGCUGAGGUCAAUGCACCUUCUGAGCCUUCAACAUCAAAAGAUGUAACUGGUUCAUUUGCUUUAGAACAAUCCCAUUGCAGUCAUGAAGAAGAGGAUGUGGAUAAUGGAGACUCUCAACCUUUGACAUCAAACAAUAUGACUGGAGAACAUUCCAGUAAUGAAGAAGAGGAUGUGGAUAAUGUGACUGGUUCUGCCACAGAAGAACACUCCGGUAAAGAAGAGCAUGGAGAGACUGAGCCUUUGCCGUCACCAAAGAUCUCCAACGAAGGAACCUUAUUAGAACAUAGAGAUGAUAAAGAUUCCUCCAAGACAACAGAGACUCUAAAUACUUCAGAUGAAACAGUACCGGAGCUAAAACAAUCAGCUUCUGUGGAGUCAUUUGUAAGCAUUAGCAGUGACAUUGAAGGAGAAACUCUAGUUGAUCUGUUAAAGAAACAGCUAGAGCAUGACAGGAACUCCCUAAGAGAUUUGAGCAAAGAGUUAGAGGAAGAAAGAAACGCCUCAGCUAUAGCUGCAAAUCAAGCAAUGGCGAUGAUCACACGGUUGCAGGAGGAGAAAGCAGCUCUUCAUAUGGAAGCUUUACAGUACCUGAGAAUGAUGGAUGAGCAAGCUGAGCACGACGUUGAUGCGCUUGAGAGAGCAAACGAUGUAUUAGCUGAUAGGGAGAAGGAAAUACAGGAUCUUGAGAUGGAGUUGGAAUACUAUAGAGUCAAGUAUCCAGAUGAGCCAAGAGAAGAGAUCCUCGCUAGCAUGGGAGUUCUUGAGAGUAUAGAAACCAGUGGCCACUCAACAACUGAUGAGACCAGCGAGAAAGUUCCAACAGACAUUUGAGAAAAGAGUAAACAUUUCCGGAAGCUGCAUCAAUGGAAGAAGAAUACUCGAUAGUGCUGGAAGCUCACAGGCCUGAGACUAGUGAUGCUCUCACAACAGAAUAAUCUGCAGAGGCAUACAGAAAGCUAUUCCCAACAUGGAAAGUGAUUCUUUCGAGCACACAGGAAGGACAAGAACGAGUGGAUUGCCUUAGAGAAUGAGAUUUCAAUGGUAAGAGUAAUAUUUAGAGGCACAAAGAGAGAGCUUGUGUUUGUAAUAAUAGGGAAAUGUUAGGAGUUAGUUAAAGACAUUUAGUAUUCAUUUUUAGUUAUAUCUAUCU